UAGAAUGCUAUUUCGCAGUUUACCGGGUUCAAAGCUGGUUUUCUGCAAGCACUCCAACUUAAGCUCACUAUUAGACGUGCUUGUAAACUUUCUAGCCAUUGGGAAAUGGAGCUUCGUCUUAUGCUAGCAUCGCUAUGGAUGUUUUCGGUAGUUGAAAUUGCUGAAGGAAAGUGUCGUCGUAUCAAGUACACAAGAUUUGCUGAUGACAAAGAGCUUCUAAAUCACACCAUUGCUGUUAUUGGUUGGACGGUGAAUGAUCUGUCGUUGUGCAUGGCCAAGUGCUUCCAGGAAACACAAGACUGUGUUUCGUUCAAUUUUUGCUCAACGCCUAACGGAUGGAAAGAGUGCAGGCUUCUCAACUCUAGUCAUUUUAAGAAUGAAUCGUUUUUGGUGGAGAGAAAAGGAUGUGAAUACUACACUUCAGAGAGUACAUGCUCAAGCUCACCAUGCGUCAAGAAUGCGACUUGUAUUCCACACAUGCCGCGGGAUCCCAAGCCGUACAGCUGUAUUUGUCCCGAGGGCUUCAAGGGUCAAUCUUGUCACAUCGACAUCAACGAGUGUGCGCAAUCAGGCAUCUGUCACGUGAACGCCACGUGUACAAAUAUGCCUGGGAAAUACAACUGCACGUGCAAACUUGGUUUUCAGGGCGAUGGUAAUCAGUGCAAGGACAUCGAUGAAUGCACAACCGGUUCUCACACCUGUCAUGCGCAAGCAACAUGUCACAAUACCGCGGGCUCAUAUUCGUGUUAUUGUAAGCUAGGUUACACAGGAGAUGGCAAAUCAUGCUCACCGUUUGAUCCCGCAUGCAGUGGUUACAGCAACCUUACCGAUCAAACAAGGAAUGUGAAUUCCGGCGUCGCUUCACCUCCGAAAUGCGACACCGCAAUUGGUGAAUCGACGUGGUAUCGCUUCCUCAGUCCUGCUGGUGUUCGUAUGCCGACUUCAUGUACCCCGGCAGAUCGCUGUGGUGCCACCGCAACGGGUUGGCUGAACGGGCAGCACCCAACGGUUGAACAAGGUGUUGUUGACAGAACAGUCUGUUUCAACUGGAAUUCAAAUUGCUGCUUUGGACAAAAAACUAUAAAGGUCCGUAAUUGUGCAGGUGGGUUUUACACGUACAAGUUCAAGAGAGUUAAUCCUUGCCUUCGAUACUGUGCAACCAACUAAAACGGCGAAAACUAUAUCGCACUAAUUCACUCAAUUUUUGCAAAUAUUGCACUAAACACUCAAAAAUGCACAGCGAUCUGAAGCCGGCGUUUUCGACUCGUUUACACUGGCAAUUUUUUGGAGAUUUUUGCUGCAAU